AUGAAGGCAGUCCAAUAUGGUGACACGGUGGUCUACGUCGAGGAUUUGAAGAGUCUGGGAAAACAUCAAUGGCUAGGUGAUCGCGUGAUCAGCUUUUACUUCGAAUUCCUACAGAAUGAGGUCUACCCUGAGUACCCAGCCAUAUGCUUUGUGAGUCCAGUGGUAGUUCAACUGAUUGGCUCACUCACAGUACCAACUGAGGUAGAGCAGUUCGUUAGCGCAAUGUGUUUAGACGAGCGUGAUCUAAUACUAUUACCGCUCAACAACAAUAUCGACUACAGCAUGGCCGCCGGUGGUAGCCAUUGGAGUUUGUUGGUAUUUGACAGACGCGAGCAUGUCUUCACUCACUAUGAUUCCAUGCGCCACAACAAUUGGAAACCAGCAGUUGAUUUAGUCAACAAGCUUCAUCCAUCUCUGGACAGAUACGCUGAGAUCAUCAAGGCAACAUGUCCCCAACAAAGAAAUGGUUCUGAUUGUGGGAUGUAUGCAAUGGUAUUUGCCGCCGAAGUCGCGCAAGCUUUCGCAGACAACCGUAAACCUGAUUUAGAUUGUGCUACACCUUCCUUUGUUGACGCAAAACGCAAGAAUCUGUACGAUCUGAUUAUACAAAUAGGGAAACCAUGCGAUAAUAUCAGGUAGGGAUUCGUCUGUUUGGAUGGAUACCGCUGUGAGAUGAUCUGCCUAGUCUAUGUUCCUAUGUUGUAUCUACUCCGAAUGCUCAGAAUGUGUAGAGGCGGAUAUCAAUGUGAGAGCCAAUAUAAACGUUCGUUAGAAAACCAGACUGCGGAUACAAUCACUCUUUGUCGAAGCAUAUGUAGCAGGAUACACAAUAGUAAGCCACGAGCUUCGACUUUGAAAUUAUUUGAAUGCUCACCUUGCUUUUUGAUAGACUUACCGUGCUCAUCUAAAUAAAG